UCUUAUCCCCCUUGCCUUGGUUUCUUGAAUUUGAGUUUGCAAAAGAUUUCAGAAAUGCAGGAAUUCGACACCGUCAAAAAGAAAAAGAAGCUAAUUUGCCUCUAGUUCUGCGUCUUCAUCCCAUUCUUCAAGCCCACUUCGAUUUUGUCACCCCUCCUUCAUCAAAUUAAAGCAAUGUCCACGCCAUUGCUGAUAAUCACAAUCCCCUCAGUUGCAACCCUCAAAAUUCAGUCUAAAAUGCUUGCUUUCUGGUUUUCCCUCGCCACUCGCCCCCCUGGCCUUGACCCAUAAAUCCUAUUUUCAACUUAUUUUUCAGAAUUUCUUGAAGCUUUAUAUUCUUAGUGACUCAAGAUUAUUACUUUUUGUGCCUUUUUUAUAGUUUAUGGGCUGCUUUUGCUUUGACUCAUGAAGCAUGUGUUAUUUGUGGCAUGCUCUGUGCUGAUUUCUUGGAACGAAUAUUAUUUGUCUUGAUAUUGAGAUUUUUACAUUUCCAUUUAACUACACAGUUAAAUUGUAGUGGGAUUAAGAGUCUUGUAGUAUGAUGCAGUGUGAGAAUGAGUAUGGUUUCAGCAAUGAGUCUGAUGUGUAUCAAUUGCUGCAUAACUCAACUAUGAAUGUUGAAAAACGGGGGUGUUUGUCUACACCUGUUAAGCAUUCUUUGGUGUUGGACGGUGAGAAGGGGGAGUUAGUCAAGGCUUGUGGGAGAGUGGGGAAAAGAAAUGGGGUUUCGGCGACAAAGACAGUUGAGGCUUUAAGGAGUCAUAGCGAGGCAGAGAGACGGAGAAGGGAAAGAAUCAAUGCACAUUUGGAGAGCCUUCGUGGGCUUGUACCGAACAAUGAAAAGCAGAUGGACAAGGCGACUCUGCUAGCCGAAGUCGUGAGCCAAAUAAAGCAACUGAGGGAAACCGCGUCACAAGCCAGCGAAGGCCUGCACAUCCCAAUGGACACGGAUGAAGUGAAAGUUGGAAGAGUUGAGAACCAUAGUGGCGAUGGCUCGUUCUUGCUUAUUGCCUCCCUCUGCUGCGAACACUGGCCUGAUCUGCUGUCUGAUGUGAGGCAGGUGAUGAAAAGCCUGCCGGUUCAAGUGGUAAAAUCUGAGGUAUCCACAUUGGGAAGCAGGGUGAAGAUUGCGUUCUUGAUCACGUCAGUUGAAGGGGACGACGGUGUGGUCGGUUUGGUUCGUGCAGCUUUGAGCGAUAUUGUUGAGAAGUUUUGUGCAUUGGCGGAGUCUGCUGAGCAACUGUUUAUCCCCCGUAAGAGGCAGCGUGUUUCUUGCAUCGAUUCUUCGUCGAACUUGUUCGAGUGAGAGUUGUUUGGUGCUGUAGAUGAUGGUGGUGGAUUGGUGGUGAAUGCGUUUUUCAUGAUCUGUAUAUUGUAAUGGUCGAAAAUGGGUUGACUUUUUGUAUCAACUCCAUUCAUUAAGUACAUUUUGCAUCUGAAUAUUGACCAUUUCUUGUGGGGAAUCAAUAAUGCAUUUGAAUA